CACACACACACAUAUACACACUGCUCCACAACUGGCAGAGAGAGAAAAAAAAAAAAAAAAACCUCAGACAUGGAUGACCCACUCACAAAAUGGCUCCACUUACACAGUAACAUCAACAACACGGCUGGAGCGGAAAUCUUAUUGUAGGACGUAGAGGACUCGAGCGAGUGGUGACGCUAUCAAAAUGAUGGAAAAACGGCAGCCGGAGCUUUGUCCCGGGAGUCCCGAUGCAGAGUCCGGUCCUGGAAAGCGAGAGGACUCCUCCAUCAUCUCCAGACUGAACGGGUGCAAGGAGCACGAGGAGCCGAGGAGGGGGGUGGUGGUGGAGCAAGGGGAGGAGGAGGAGGACGACGACGACGAGGAGGAGGGGGAGGAGAAGGAGAAGCAGAGGGAGAGGGAGAGGAUGAGGGGAGGGCGCUUCAAGGGGGUUGAGGAGACGGAUGACGUUCCUCUGCAGAACUCGAGCAACGGGACCAGCAUCAGCAUCAUCAUCAACGGCGUUGCCAAGGAAACUGCCUCUCACAACGCCCUUGACCUGAAAAGGGAAGUGCCGGUGAUCGAGCUCUCCAGGAGGGACGCUAUAAAAGCGGUGGAGCAGAGGACUGAGAGCCAUUUGGUGCCGAUCACGGAACUUCGCAGACCUCCACCGCUGCCGCUGCCGCCGCCGCAACGAGACGACGCUCGAAUGGUCCAGCUGAGCCCAAACGCGUUCCCUGUCCCGGCCCGGGCGAUGCUCUACAACCUGGCGCAGCCUCUCGCCGCCAUCAACAGUCUCGGAGGGGAGUCGGAGCAGUACAGCAUGUACCCCAGCAACAGGGUAAAGCGCCGCCCGGCGCCUUAUGAGGUUGAACUCGACGAGGGUAGGCGCAUUUUAGAUCUUUAUAAGUAUGCUGGCCAGCCAAAGAUUGUACGCCGUAUCUUCACAAACAGUCGUGAGCGUUGGCGGCAGCAGAACGUAAACGGGGCGUUUGCGGAGCUUCGCAAGCUCAUCCCCACUCACCCCCCGGACAAGAAGCUGAGCAAGAACGAGAUCCUGCGGCUUGCCAUGAAGUACAUCAGCUUCCUCUCCAACCUCCUGGAGGACCAGGACGGAGGGAGGAAUGUUGGCAGCACAACUGAUGGGGAAACCGGGCUGCUGGUCGGGGCCCAUGAGGGGGGCCCGCAGGGUGGACCACAUCAGGACACAGUGGUCGGCCUGGCCAGGGACGAUCUCUUAGAGACAAUGUCACCAGGCUCCAGCUGUGGAAGCCUGCCUGAUGGCGAUGCCGAGGGCAGUCCCGAGAGCUUUAUGGAGGACCAGGACUCACCUCCAGCUCCAAGGACUCUUACGGCUUCACGCGGGCCCCCUCUUCAUCUAGCUGCUAGGGAUCUGAGGCGCAAUGGACGCCCUAUAGACGGCUCCAGUCGCCGAUGAUGCUGAUGCCAAAAGACCACGGACACAAUGCCUGAGACUGAAAGGGAAGGGUGAGAGGGACUAAAAGAGAGGUGGAUAUGCUCAGGACCUGUUAGCUUUGAGUUGUCAGUGUAGGAUGAGGAAUGAAGCUCCGAGUAGUGAGAUAGUGGUGCCCAAACCGGAUCAUGAGUACGUUCCUGUCUCCACCUGACACACGAGACGGCACUGAUGAUGGUUUUUGGUUGGUGAUUGAGUUGAAUUUGAUCCGACAAAAAGACUUGUAAAUUCUGCAUGUCUCAUGUCUUUGGCCGACCUGCAGAUCAUGACUUUUUCUAAGCCCAAAGACUGGAUACUCUAAAAAAAUUAAACACGUAUACAAAAAACAAAAGAAAUAAAGAAUGAGUGAAUGAAACGGGACAAAACCAAACAAAAAAAUCAAUCAAGAGACACUUAAAAAAAGAUUUUUGAUGCACAAAAGGAAGUUUAAAUCAAUGCUUCGUUAAUGAUACUAUUGAUUACACUGUGGUGCAGCCAGAAUAGAUCCUAGAGUGCAGCGAGUAAAUGCCUCUAAAACAUUAAUGAAUAAAACCCAAGAGAUUUAUGCCCAGCAGAUCUGGUGUGUUAGAAUAAAGACCCAGAAACAAGCUUCUGCCUCAGUCGGAGGCCGUAUAUGACCCGAUUGGACUCCAUUGUGCCCGUGCAGUUGCAUAUGUAUUGUAAAUAGCAUCAUAUUUCCACUGCACAAUAUUAACAACAGUGACUCGAGUUCAAGUCAUGUGGUUUUCAGAUGUACCGUAGCGUGUUUGUCAAAUGGGUUUACAAGCAAAAGCGGUCUUUUAGGAGACGAGAGGAGGGAAGAGACGAGAUGAACUCGGGAGGGCGAAGGCAAGCGACCGAACGUACAGUACAUCAAAAUGUGGUACCAUUUAAUUCUGUUACACUGUUGGUGAUGAGAAAGCGACACACCAAAAUACGGCGACAGACGAGUUUGAACGAUUUCACUGCCUGGAAUGAAUAUUUGAAAUUGCUGUGGAGGUACAAAGACAUGCAGUGUUUCCUAACGUGUACAAAAAUAUGGGUCGUAUGAUAAACAUGGAAUGACUCAUGCAGUCUUUUUGAUAUGAAUGUUUCAGUGUUUUUUUUGUUUUUGUUUUUUUUUUUAACUGUAAUGCAGUUGUAGUUUAGUAAGGUACACAAAAUAAAAAAUCCCUUCAUUGCCGCAUUUCACAUAUACACAUACACGCUCACGCACGCAUGCACGCACACACACACACACACACACACUGUUAAUAUCAUAACAACACCAGCAGUUUUCUGACAAAUGAAGUUAAGUAUUGCUCACUGUUGUUGGUUAUUCUGCUUUUUCAGCAGGACCUAGUAGCCUAUAUUGGUACCUUUGGUAACUAUGGUAAUUUUAUGAAUUGCAGUAAAGGGACAUUGUACGUUUGGUAAUGACAUAUUUGUUGUAUGAUAGCUGUAUCUAUAAAUAUAUCCAAUGUUAAAAUUGAUGAAUUUUAUACAAAACCCCUGAAUAAAACACGCAGAGGAAAAGCCUUGUA